AUGAUCAUCGACGUGCGUUACAGCCCCGUCAACGAGAUCUUCUUCUGGCUGCAAUGCGUGUCGGGCUUCGUCGCGCACUCCAUGACGACCGGUGCUUGCAGCCUGGCGGUGGUGUUCGCGAUGCACGCUUACGGCCGUUUGGAGCUUCUGAUACGAUCGAUCGAGCAUCUGAUUGAUGGACGCGAGAAUUCCCGCGGCAACGUGGACGACAGACUGGCGAUGAUCGUGCAGCAGCACGUUCGGAUCUUGAAUUUCAUAUCGCUGACGGACAGGAUACUGCGUGAAAUAUCCGUCACAGAAGUUGUAGGAAGUACGUUAGACUUGUGUUUUCUCGGAUAUUCUAGUAUGACGGAAUGGGCUAGUAAAGAGACAACCUCCUACGUAACGUUCGUUAUUCUGCUCGUAUCUAUCACAUUCAAUAUCUUCGUACUUUGUUACCUCGGCGAGCUUAUUGCCGAACAGUGCAGAAAGAUCGGCGAGAUGUCGUAUAUGAUCGAUUGGUAUCGAUUACCAGGAAGAAAGGGUCUCGGCCUCGUGCUGCUGAUAGCUAUGUCCAAUUCGUCCAUCAAACUCACUGCCGCAAAUUUCUUCGAGUUAUCCAUCGGUACCUUCGGUGACGUGGUUAAGACAUCUGUAGCCUACUUGAACAUGUUACGUACAUUAACUUUGUAA